AUGGACCAGCUCCUCUGCUCGAAGACAGUGAAGAGAAUCAGAGAUCGAGGUCGACCUUUUGGAGAAAAUUUGAGCUUUUUGAUUUGUGUUUCAUCUACCGAAGCUUUGUGGGCUGCAUUAGAGCUUUCUGGGCAUUCAUGUUCUGAGCUUUCUGGGCAUUCUCCAUAUCUGAGGAGGCUUCGAACUGUGUUAUCUAGUCAUGAAGGUUUCUGUAGCCAGGGCUUUGAUGUUACUGUACUUGAAAAUGAUAGUCUUGAUGAUGUGGGUAUCCAAGGUUAUUGGUAUCCCUACAGGAAUAUAUUCAGCCUUGUUGAUGAGCUACAGAUUAAACCCUUCACUAACUGGACUAAGUUUGCGCAAUAUUCAGCUGAGGGAUUGGAGGUUGAAUUUCCGGUAUUUCGAGACCUUCCUCAGUUGCCGACUCCAUUAGGAACCUUGUACUAUUCACAGUUUGUUCAGUUUCCGUUGGUUGAUAGAUUAACUUCACUUCCUUUAACGGCUGCAGUAAUCGACUUUGGCAAUACUGAUACCGCCUGGAGAAAAUAUGACUCAAUUAUUUCAAGGGAGCUCUUUACGCAGUUUGGCUGCUCACAAAUGCUUUAUCAGAAAGUCCUAGCACCAUUGCUUCAAGUGGGUCUGUUUGCACCAGCAGAACAAUGUAGUGCUGCUGCUACUCUGGGCUUGCUAUCCUACAUCCUUGCUUACCAGAAAGAUUUUGAUCUAGUGUUGUGUCGUGGAACAACUAGGGAAAAGAUCUUUAAGCCGUGGAUGGAGUCUAUGACAACCAAAGGUUGCAAGUUUGAGAAAGGUCUAAGUGUAACAGACCUUUUGUUUAAUGAGGAAACUGGCUGUAUUUCUGAAGUAGUUUGUGGCAAAGAAAUGUAUAGUGCUGACGCGGUUGUCCUAGCUGUUGGAAUCUCCACGCUUCAGAAACUUAAUGAAAAUAGUGCAGUGUUGUGUACGAGGGAGGAAUUUGUCAAGGUCUCGAACCUGGCUACCAUCGAUGUACUCUCCAUUAAGCUCUGGGUCGAUAGGAAGCUUGUCUAA